CACAUAUAUCGAAUUAGAUAAGUAAGACUUCAAACGAACCUCUGCGAAUGGUAGGCACCUUGUCGUGGUGCAGGGGCUUAAACCGCAGCACAGCACGGCAGCUCAGCAUCUCCCCUGGGGGAUGGCAGAGGCCGCAUGUGCGCGGCAACCAAGAGCUACCAAUUAGAUAAGUAAGACUUCAAACGAACCUCUGCGAAUGGUAGGCACCUUGUCGUGGUGCAGGGGCUUAAACCGCAGCUCAGCAUCUCCCCUGGGGGAUGGCAGAGGCCGCAUGUGCGCGGCAACCAAGAGCUACCACCUCCUAAUCCAGGGUGUUAUGCGACCCGUGCCCAUUGGAUGAUUUGCAGCCAGAAGGUAAAUUCGGCUGUAUUCGCACGGAGCCUUCCCAACACCGGGCCACAUUGGGAAGUAACGGUGGCCUUACUGCGUCAAGGGGCUCUGGCGCAGCGGACUUUCAGAUUCCCCUUAUUGAAGACUAGACCGGGAGGCCCACAACACGGGCCAAACGGUCGUAAGAAAAAGAUGGAACAACAAAAUAACAAAACAACUAACAACAACAAACAAACAACGGCAACAACAACGGCAACGACAACGGCAAAAACAGCAUCGACAACCGCAACAACAACAACAACAAUUUUAACAACGGACAAAAGCAGCAGCAGCAGUAGCACUGCAAGCAAGAGUGGCCCAGAAACUAGGAAAAAGUCUAGCUUCCUGGAUGUCCUGUCGCCCGAAGAGCGAGCACUCUUUGAGGAGCACGCACGGGACGACGACGAUGUGCCCUCCUGCAGCAGUGCACAGCGUGGUAAGUCAGUGAAGACCACGGUAAAGCGCGCAAAUGCUGCCCCCGCAACCCCCUCGAGCAAGACCGACUGCGGAGAGGAGGGUGGUUUCACGAAAGUGGAAUCUAAGGGUGAACGAAAGCGGAGAAGGCAACGAGGGAACAUUCCACGGAGCCAGGACAGCCAGGAGGUCAUGGCGAUCCUCGUAGAGCAGGAAUGAGCGGAGCCACUCUUAAGUGGUACCUAAGAUUCUUGGAGGACGGUAUGACACCAGAGUCAGCUGAAAAGCGGGCUCUGAGUAGGAGCAGCGAGAACAACUCCUCUCCCAACAAUGCACAGCGCACAGGUGCCAACCGAGCGAAGCAAGGACUGCGCCCCAAGAGGCACCCAGAAUGGAGAAGAGGAAGAGUGCCAGAUAACACCUCAGGAGCCACCUAGACCAAAGAGGGUAAGAGAGGACAAACCACAGGAAACCAGUGGAAGGCGCUCCAACCCCAACCAGCAGCCAACCGCAAGCCGUAAAUACGCAGAGGUUAUGAGCAGCAUUCGGAUGGCUGUGUUGCCCCGCAACUACCCGGCGGAUGCCCAGGAAUCCGAACAACUGACGGCUCUCCAGGACUGCAUAGUGGAUGCUCUGUCUGUCGGCAUAGGCUUCACCGGCGCCUUUAACGGCAUAUUCUUCAAGGGCGGCAUGCUGCUGGUUGACUGCCAAAAUGAAAAGUCGGCCACUUGGCUACAAGGGAUCAUACCAAGGCUAGAGGGUUGGAAGGGUCCGGCCCUGUGUGUAAGAAGGGGAGACGAGAUUCCACAGCUACACAACAUGGUGGCGUUCUUCCCAAGAAGCGCAGACAAAGGCUACGACAUCGCGCUCAAUCUGGUAAGGAACCAGAUCGAAGAUUUAAGUACCUCGGCGUGGAAGGUCGUAGAGAGCAAAGUUGAGGGUUCUGGGUGGAACCUCAACAUAACGAUGGACGAUGAGUCAUAUAAGUACAUCCGGCAGAAGGGAUUCAGGUUGAAUUUCCGCUUCGGCAAGAUCGUCGUGAGGCCAUGGAGGCCCAAGGCCACGUCUACGAGCCAGGAACCUCCGACGGAGACGACCGCAGCACCAGCUCCACCCGUAACCCGCCCAGCAGCGCAUGAAGCGACUGCCGCUGCGGUUUCGUGCGAGCGAGAAGAGCCCACUAACGACACAAUUUCGGCUGGGCAGGUUGCGACCCCCACGGCAGAAGUGAACAGCAGCAACGAGAUCCCCAAAGAGCAGGAAGGCAGGUUGCCAUCCACCCAAGAGCUCCUGGAAGGGCUGGAGAUGCAGGUCGAUGGAGGGAUUGAGGACGAGGACCCGUCUCUCGUCGAACCUGUACUAUAAUCUCCAGUACCGGCAUAGAGGUGGCUCAGGUGAACCUCCAUCACGCAUCGACAGCCUCGGCGGUCAUCGUGAAGAGGUUCAUUUCGGAUAACCUGGGCAUCAUCUUAAUCCAGGAACCUUGGGUGUUCAGAGGAGAGGUAAGAGGCCUCAACUCAAGAAAGAGCAAGAGUUUCUAACGCAAGAUCUGGUGGCAGUACAGAUAAAGGACAAGGAAGGAUCGGACUUCGUCCUCGCAUCAGUAUAUUUUCCGGGAGAGACGGCCACGGCACCCCACCUAUGGAUACUUAAACUGGUUGAGCACUGCAAGGCCAACAAUCUGCCCCUAACCAUAGGUCGCGAUGCCAAUGCGCACCACACGGAAUGGGGCAGCACGGACUGUAACGUGAGGGGUGAGUCACUUCUAGAAUUUAUACUUAGUAAUAAUAUUAACAUAGAGAAUGUAGGUUAGGGUGGGUCGAUUCCGGACUUUUUUCGAUUCGGUAUUUCUAAUAGUGCGGAAAAGUUGCCUUAGUACUUUCUGAUUCCAAUGCAACUUUUUGUUUUGAGAUCGGAUUGCAUCUUCAACCCGAACCUCGGCCUUGAAAUUUCGGAAAUUCGCCUAAAAUCGUGAAAUUGUCUACCUUGCACCUGAAAUACGCAUCUCAUGGCAAAAUGUAUAAAACAAAAGUUAUUUGUCACGUCAUUUGCUACCGAAAUGGUGUACGUGAUCAUGGCCGUAGGACGAACCGUUCCCGAGAUACGAGCGAAAAUGCGGCGCGCCACAGCGCAAGGUGAAAAUCGGCUUGCGGCCACACUUCUUGACGUUGAUUUCGCCGAGUGCUAUCACUCACAUUCAUUCACCUACGCCAAAGGACACGUUCGGAUAGGUCUCCACACAAAUAUUUUUUCAACUCUUGUCGGCGAUUUCGCCGAGUUCUAUCACUUACAUUCAUUUCCCUGCGCCAUACGACACGUUCGGACUGGUCUCCACAUAAAUAUUUUUUCAUCGAGUUCCUUCACUCUUGUCGUUGAUUUCGCCAGGUGCUAUCACUUAUAUUCUCUCAACAAAUCACAGAACUCAAAAUGUCUGUAUCUAAAUUUAAAUUUAGACAGAAAUGUCCUGUGUUUGGCAUAUAUCCGUACAAUCUCUCUCAGUCCCAGUUACCUACUUACCAGGAUGUUCUUUUGUGUUAUCAGUUUGAAAGAUUUGGUAUAGGGCGACUCCGAGGCGACAACUAUGAACCUAGGAGUAAAGAGGUUACAGAAAUAGUUGCAAAAAAGGUUGAAAAUACUUUCAAAAAGUCAUCUAUUCCGAUAGUUUCACACACCAGAGUUGUACAAAUGCUCACCACAUACCAUAAGAAAUUUCUGACUCUUAAAAAAAUGUUUUUAAGGAACCCAAUAGGUUUGAGCUCUAAAAGAGACGACUUUGUCUCUUCUGCCGGAAAAUUAUUUGACAUCGCUGCUUGUAAAUGCAUUUAUUUUUCUUCUUGCACUUGUCCAAAGGAAAGGAAAGUUCCUAUCAAUGAACAACCAUUUCUCUUGGACCAGAGAACCACCAGAAUUGGUCGCAUUGGAAGUGUUGAUCUACCUGAAACAAAAAAGAUUACAAAGAAAAAUGAACGUAAAGAAAAGCUUUCAAAACGUCAUUCAACAUCAACACUUACCAGAAAAGUAUCAGCUAGAACACGUGACCAUUCAGAUCAGCCAGACUCUCAUACAGACGACAACAAUGUAGGCGCGUCGCACAUUGAUUUUUCGAAAAACGAUGCUGAUAAUGAAUUUUCUCUUCCAUCCUCUAAAGCCAAACAAAACACACUAGUAUUACAACACAUUGCUUUAGCUGCCCAAAGAUUUGGAGUAAGUGAUAGAGCAGCGGCCUUGAUUGUUUCAUCGGC